UGAACUUACAUUGUCUCUCUAUAUCUCAGUUGUCUAUCAUAUUUCGUAGAUUAUCAUGAAGUACAAACAGAUGCUGUCCAAACAUAUUAAUCUUGAGACACCGCAACACAUGGACUUGAUCUCUCUAAAUCACACGACAAUCGACAGCAGCAAACAGUCAGUACAACUGGAAUACCACGCAAACUCACUAUUGAAACCUACCGAAAGUCUAACUUUAAAUCAUCCAUUACAUCCUUCGAUUACUCGUGUUACGGAGUCAUUAGUUUUUGUAACAGAAAAUAAAUUAAAGGAAGAUAUUCGGGCGUUUACUACUCAGAAUACCGAAACUAGUAUUUUUCAAGUGAAUGCAGGUUCACAAUCACCAUCACAUAACUCAAAUAUAACUAAUAAAUGUCAGAUAAAAUUAAACACUUUGUCAAAUCCUCCUAAAAUUAGAAAAAGAGAACCUUACAUCCCAAGUUAUAUGGAUCCGUUAGCUGGCCCUGAACCUUGUGUUGUUUGUGGUGAUAACGCAACUGGAUUUCACUAUCGUGCUAUGACAUGUGAAGGUUGCAAAGGAUUUUUUCGACGUUCAGUACAGAAAAAGUUGGUUUAUACUUGCAAGUUUCAAGGUCACUGCUCUGUAUCUGAUAAACAAAAUCGAAAUAGUUGUCAAAAAUGUCGCUUUGAUAGAUGCAUUAGCGGCGGGAUGGCUAAGGAUCUCGUACUUGAUGAAGAUAAACGUUUAGCUAAACGUCGUCUAAUCGAAGCAAAUCGAGCACGUAAAAGAGCUGAAGCUAUAGAAGCCUCCACUGCUGUAUGUGUUACAGAUCCAUCAAUUAAUAUACCUAAUUUUACAAAUCCUAAUUCAGUAUCAAAAUAUCAUUUCAUUCACAAUCAACCAAUCUCUACAUCGAACACCAUCUCUAGUACACCUGUUAUUAUGUCAACGAUUCCUUAUCAUUCUACAAUCCAUCCUAAUACUCAUUUUACCAAUCAAUUUGCACUCAGUUCAACAACUGGAAGUCAGUUUAACUGUAAUCCUAUUCAAACACGUUAUUUGGAGGUAACCAACAAUGAUAGCCACUCAUUUGUCAAUCCAAAAACUCCAGAUGCAACAUAUUCACCUGUAAAUGAAGCACAAUUAAUUGUACAACCUAUUCAAACAAUCGAUAAAUUACAACUAACUACUAUACCCAACAACAUAUACUGGAAUCCUAUAUGCGGAGCUCCGUAUACACACUCUUUCAUGAAUGAUACUAGUAAUCAUGAUAAUAAUAAUUCUAACAUCCCACUUUCAUUUAAAGAAUCUAUCAAUGGAAUUCAGUUGUCUAGUUUAUCAAUGCAAAUUAACAAAACUCCAUUAUAUUCUGGUGAAGAUAGUUACUGCAACUUACCAAGUAAAUAUAGUGAUUUUAAUAGCCAACAAAGUGUGUAUACGAAAGCUGUAGAUAAUAACCGAAUUAAUAAUAUCAAUGUUAAUAAUGUCCAAGCAAAUACAGAUUAUGAGCCUCAACAGUAUUCUCUUAUAACACCUGAGAAAUGUCAAACAUUAUCUUGUGAUCAACCAGCGAUCAAAGAUAAUUUAUCAAUUUCAUAUCCUAAGUAUGUUAGUAUGAUGGAUUCAAAUGAUACAGUGCAUAAUGACUGCCCAUGGACAACAGAAGAUCAAAAUAUGGUUGAUUCUAUUGUUCAAGCUUAUAGUAAUAUGUUGAAUCCAAGCUUCAAACGAAAGAUUGACAAUGGAGAUGUUGACAAAGAACCUGAGAAAGCUUUCUAUUCUUCAACAGAUUCAAAAAUCAGUUCACUUAUUGAACCAAUGAUUGCAUCACUUGUUGCAUUUGCCAGAUUAGUUCCUGGAUUUGAAUUGUUAGAUGCCAACGAUCAAACACGUUUGUUACGUGGCUGCUGCUUAGAUAUUAUCACUCUACGCGCUGCGUACUUAUUAAGUCGCAUUGCUGUCUCACUUGGAAUUGUUGAUUCUAAUGGAAAUAACAAGCCACAAUUUACAACAAGUUCAUUAGAUUCGGUCGAUAUUUUUGUGCAGAAUCUUCCUUCACAUCAACACAAUGUUGCGUCUGUUAUUCCAAAUAAUAUUUACCCUCAAUUAGGCACUUCUGAUGUGAAAUGUGCCCAGAUGAUUCGUGCGGUAGCAUUGAAAUUAGCUCGCCUUGAAAUCGACCAAACAGAAGUUGCAUUAAUGACAUCUAUUUUAUUAAUGUCCCCAGAUCGUUUUGGCUUAACCGACUGUGAAACUGUCGAACAUACCCAGGAUAUUUUAUUGGAGACUUUCAAUCGUUAUGCUAAUCGUAUUCGAAAAAUUCGUUCCAGUCGAAUGAAUCAUAAUAACAUGUCAAGUCGUUCAGUUAACAUCAAUGGAAUUUCACAACAACAACAACAGUACUGGCCGAGGAUUCUCAUGGCUUUAACUGAAUUGCGUUCAAUCACGUUGUGCAACCAAGGUUUAUUUGUGGAAAAAGCCUACGGCAAUACAACCGAACAGUUGCCAUGGUAUUUUCAUGAGUUAUUCACCGGAGACUUUAUAAUUCAACAGACUAAUAUUUAUAGUUUUGAGCGUUGCAAUAAUAAUGACAAUAAUAAUAAUUUGUGUUGAAUGUAAAGCGCCUAACCUUUUAUGAAAAUAUCAAGGUAUACCAGUAUUGCUCAUUGUUAUUAUUAUUAUUAUUAUUAUUA